UGCCUCUUUGAAAAGGUGAACAAAAUCACUCCAUAAUUUUUCACUGGUCUCCAUCUGCUCUGUUACAUAUCCUUUUCGAGCGGUCCAGCCAAAACCUUAGCUGCUUCUAUCCGAAAUGUGACAUUUCGUUUGUCCACAUGCAUGUCUGAUAUAUUUGUGUAUAUUAGUAUAUACAUAUGUGCAAAAGGUGGAGUUGAAAGCAGAGUGUUAGCUGCAUUUCCAUAUGUAAGUUGUCUAUCUCUCCAUCUCCAAACACCAAUUUUCUCUGCGGGUAAGUAAUCACAAGUUAAUUUAUUCAUUUGAAAUAUAUCAAGAUGGAAUUUUUUGUUUAUGUAUUCGUUUGGGGCACAGAUAUUUCCUGUUUUUCACAUUUGCAGUCUUUUAUUUAUUCCAAGAAUCAAACUCGUGUUCUUGAAGAUCCGGUUCAGGUCCAUUGGCCCACAUUUACCAGCUUCUUCUCCUUCCUUUUGCGUAUAAUUUGAUUGCAUUUCUAUGUUCUGAAAAAUCUGUAGUCAAUUUCUUCGGUAUCAAGAAACGUUGCGUGAUUAUCUUUGGUGUAAAGUUUACUUUUUGUUUGGUACGUGUUCAACCUCUGUAAUAAAAGUCUGGCGAAUUGUCUCUUCACCAUGUUUGCUUACUUGAGACUUGGGAGAACUCUAUUGCUUACUUUUCUCAAGCUGGUUUAUCAAUAACAUGAAUUUUUUACAGGAUUUAUCAAUGUGGGAAUGCUGACCUAGAGUUGAAAAAGGGGGUGAUUUUGAUUUGGGGGGAUUAUGUUCCAUUUCCAGAAAUGGAGAUGCUCAUGGUCUCUAGUGGCAAGCGGAGCUUCAAUUGUGAUACUGGUUUCGGUUGUUCACUUAUUCCUCUACCCUGUCAUUCCUUCUCUGGACUCUUUUAGUACACUGUCCUUUCAUGGGUCUGGUAGUGAAAUAGGUGAUCGGGCCUCCCAAGAUAGAAAGUAUCUACCACUAGUCAAUGAUACUGCUAAUGAAAGCCAACCUCCUAUUCUUGAUCUGAACGCCCAGUUUCCUGAAGAUUUACAUAAUGCAGUGGUAUACCGUGGUGCUCCAUGGAAGGCUGGAGUUGGCCGGUGGUUAGCUGGAUGUGAUUCAACCAAUGCAUCAGUGAAAAUAGUUGAGCAAAUUGGAGGGAAAAGCUGCAAAGAUAAUUGCAGCAGUCAAGGAGUCUGUAACCGUGAGCUUGGUAAAUAUGAAGGAUGUUCAGAGAGGGUGGAGUUGAAAUGCAACUAUCCAGAGUCAAAUGAGGAGCCUUUUGGGCGAUGGGUUGUGUCAAUUUGUCCAGCGCAUUGUGACACAACAAGGGCAAUGUGUUUUUGUGGUGAAGGCACAAAAUACCCAAAUCGUCCUCUUGCAGAGGCAUGCGGCUUCAAGAGCAUUCCCCCAUCUGAACCCGGUGGUCCCGUUUUGACUGAUUGGACAAAAGCCGAUCCUGAUGUAUUCACUACCAAUGCUAGCAAACAGGGAUGGUGCAAUGUGGACCCUGCCGAAGCAUAUGCUUCUAAGGUCCAUUUCAAAGAGGAGUGUAAUUGUAAGUAUGAUGGACUUUGGGGCACAUUCUGUGAGGUUCCUGUUUUAAGCACCUGUAUCAAUCAAUGCUCUGGCCAUGGGCUAUGUCGAGGUGGAUUUUGUCAGUGUCACAUUGGAUGGUUUGGAACAGACUGCAGUGUUCCCUCUGUCUUGUCAUCCAUUAUAGACUGGCCAAAGUGGCUUCGACUAGCCAAAGUCACCAUUCCAAACAAUUUGAACACUGUUACUGUUGAAGCUAUGGUGGAGAAAAGGAGGCCACUCAUCUAUGUUUAUGAUUUGCCACCAGAGUAUAACAGUCUUCUCUUGGAGGGACGCCAUUUUAAACUGGAAUGCGUAAACAGAAUAUAUGAUCCAAACAAUGCCACAAUAUGGACAGAUAUGCUAUAUGGUGCACAGAUGGCACUUUAUGAAAGUAUAUUAGCCAGCCCUCAUCGGACAUUGAAUGGUGAAGAAGCUGAUUUUUUCUUUGUUCCGGUUCUUGAUUCAUGCAUUAUAACUCGUGCUGAUGAUGCCCCUCACAUGUCCAUGGAGAAAAACAAGGGUUUGAGGAGCUCCUUUACUCUGGAGCUAUAUAAGAAGGCUUAUGAUCACAUUACAUCAGCAUACCCUUACUGGACCCAGUCAUCAGGCAAAGAUCACAUAUGGUUCUUUUCUUGGGAUGAAGGUGCUUGCUAUGCCCCCAAGGAAAUAUGGAACAGCAUGAUGUUAGUCCAUUGGGGAAACACCAACUCAAAACAUAAACAUUCAACAACAGCAUAUUUGGCGGAUUCUUGGGAUACAAUUUCUUCUGACAGAAGGGGAAACCACCCAUGCUUUGACCCAAAUAAAGAUCUUGUGCUUCCAGCUUGGAAGCGACCUGAUGGAGGUUCUCUGAGUGCUAAAUUUUGGGCCAGGCCACGGGAGGAACGGAAGACACUAUUUUAUUUUAAUGGAAACCUCGGACCUGCUUAUGAAAAUGGGAGGCCGGAAGCAACGUAUAGUAUGGGCAUAAGACAGAAAGUGGCUGAAGAAUUUGGAUCUUCACGUAACAAGAAAGGCGAGCUUGGAAAGCAGUAUGCACAAGAUAUUGUAGUGACCCCACUGCGAGCUGAUAAUUACCAUGAGGAAUUGGCAACAUCUCUCUUUUGUGGAGUUAUGCCUGGGGAUGGGUGGAGCGGACGGAUGGAAGAUAGUAUUUUGCAAGGGUGCAUUCCCGUGGUUAUUCAGGAUGGUGUUUACCUGCCGUAUGAGAAUGUCCUUAAUUACGAAAGCUUUGCUGUUAGGAUACAUGAAGAUGAAAUUCCAAGCAUGAUUAACAUUCUUCGGAACAUAAAUGAGACAGAGAUAGAAUUCAAAUUGGCAAAUGUGAAGAAAAUAUGGCAGAGAUUCAUAUACCGUGAUUCUGUCUUACUUGAAGCUGAGAGGCAGAAGGCUUUGCGUGGGAAAGUUGAGGAUUGGGCUGACCAGUUUUCACAACUAAACGAAGAUGAUGUCUUUGCUACAUUCAUACAGGUGUUGCACUACAAGCUACACAAUGACCCGUGGAGACGACAAGUUGCUCAGACAGGAAAAGAGUCUGGGUUGCCCAGAGAAUGUAUAUUAUAACGAGAAAAUGACAUGAUGUCUUUAUUAUGCAGAUGUAGAAAAUGGCUCCACAAUUUUGCUAGAAAUAAAAAAAUUGUCAUUCUUUUGUAAAAAGUUGCUACCUAUUAUUGACAAUCACUUUCAUUUAUUAUUACUAAUGUUAUGAUUAGUGUUGUUUGUUACUGUUGCUA